AGUCUUAAUCUUUUUUGUUCGAGGGGGGGGGCGUCUAUCUUCGUGGUGUCUUCUCGUUGGCUAUUUCAGUACACACAUUACCGGAACAAUAUUCGCCGUUUUCGCUUUUGACCCCUAUCGCGAGUCCCCAGUGAAAGCUUUUCGUGCAUGGCGUUACAACGAAGUCGUGUCGCCUGAUUCGAAUACUUUUUUUUUUGCUGCGUCUAUCCGUUAUUCCGAAGGAGACGUAAAAAAAGGGCUACAUGGAGUCCGCCAGUACCCCUCUUUCGUCGCCUUCUUGGAUCCACCCGCUUGACAGUUCCCUCGUAUUGGAUGCCUUUUCUCAUGGGGAUUGCUUCAGGUCUCUCCUCAGUGAUCCUCAGCUGACUACUGCCCAGGUAGAAGCGGUCCUCGAUACGAUUUCUACUGCAUGCCAAACCAACUCGACGACUUACCUAUCGCCUUCCUCUGCAGACGUCCCAUUGGCCCAGGAUCCUUUUUCAGAAGUUAAUUUCAGUAGCCUGAGUAUUGGCGAGUCUGCAGAAGCUAUUUUGCCACUGAUACUUCGAACGACUGAUCAAAUUCGAAGUACCAUUCAACCUGAGUCAUCAUGUACAACGAACGACCUGUCCCUCAAAACUUUCCCGCCGUCUUUCUUUCGCGAUAACCUUCGACUGUAUCAUUCCAUCUGCUUGCUCCGGUCUCCGAGCUACAGGCACAAUCACACGAUUGUGGCGUCCCUGCUCGUCUUGCACGCUCUCUUUUUGCGAUUGUACCAGAUGUCCUGUCAAAGAGAGCGCGAGGAGUUGCUUGCCGCGUCUUUCUUGCCGUCCCGUUCUAGGCGGAACAUUUUGAUCACGAGCGCUUUGCCCUACGUCAACAACAUUCCGCAUUUGGGGAACAUUAUUGGCUCUGUGCUGAGCUCUGACGUCUUCGCGCGUUAUUGCCGUCAGAGGAAAUACCAGACUCUGUUUGUGUGUGGUACAGACGAGUACGGUACAGCGACUGAAACCAAGGCGAUUGAGGAAAAAACUACGCCCCAGGCGAUUUGCGACAAGUACUACCGACAGCACCGCGAGAUUUACGCAUGGUUUCAGGUGCAGUUCGACUUUUUCGGGCGCACGACGACUUCGCAUCAGACACAGAUCGUGCAAGAUAUUUUUUCGGACGUUGAGAAAAACGACUUUAUUUUUGAGCGCAAGGGUCAGCAGCUGUACUGUGAGCGGGAUCAGAGGUUUUUGGCGGACCGGUUCGUCGAGGGGAAGUGUCCGCUCUGCGAAUACGUUGGCGCUAGAGGCGACCAAUGCGACCAAUGUGGCAAGCUUUUGAAUCCGACUGAUCUGAUCGACCCAGAAUGCCAAAUCUGUCGUCAGAGGCCCGUUUUGAGAGACACGACGCAUCUGUAUCUCGAGUUGCCGAAGCUGGAGUCUGAAGUGGCGGCGUGGUUCAGAGCGAAGUGCGCGCCCGGGUGCUCCAACAAUGCCAUCACGAUCACAGAGAGCUGGUUGAGGGAGGGCCUGAAGUCGAGGGCGAUCACCAGAGACCUGAAGUGGGGGACGCCCGUGCCGAGGAAGGGCUACGAAGACAAGGUGUUUUACGUGUGGUUCGAUGCGCCGGUUGGAUACAUGUCCAUUUCGGCGUCUUACUUGAACGAGGGGUGGAAAAAGUGGUGGAUGAAGGAAGAGCCGAAGAGCGCGACGGAACAACACAAAUCGAAAGAGCCGUUAGUCGAAUUGGUACAAUUUAUGGGAAAAGACAACGUUCCGUUCCACUCGAUUGUGUUUCCGUGUUCGCUGCUUGCGACGAAGAGGCCGUGGAAUCUGGUUGCCCGGAUUAGCGCUACGGAGUACUUGACGUAUGAGAAGGACAAGUUCAGCAAGAGUCGCGGAGUAGGCGUGUUUGGGAAUCAGGUCUACGAGCUCGAUCUUCCAGUCGACAUUUGGAGGUAUUACUUGCUGUCGAUCAGGCCGGAGAUGAGCGACACUGACUUUCUUUGGAGCGACUUGCAGAGCAAGAUCAACAGCGAUUUGGCGGACAACUUGGGGAAUUUGGUGUUUCGGGCUCUGAAUUUGGUCUCGACUUUCUUCGACUCGAAAAUUCCUGCCUUGUGCGUCUCUGCUGGCCUAGAGCGGGACGACGUGAAUUGGAUGGGACAGGUUCAGAAGGAGCUUGAAGAGUACUUGAAGCACAUGGAGGCCAUAUCGAUAAGGAGCGCACUGAGAACCGUGCUUGCGUUUGGACGAUUGGGGAACGAAUACUUCCAAAAGUUCAAACCUUGGUUUUUGGUCAAGAGAAAUAAAAGUCGGUGUGCGACAGUGGUUUACUUGACGUGCUCUCUUUUGAAGCUGUUGGCGGUUUGCAUGCACCCGUUUCUUCCUGCGUUAUCUUUGAACUUGCUUCAUCAACUGGGAGAAUAUAACGCCGAGCAACUCGAAGUGCGCCUCAAGAGAACGUUCGAGUAUUUAUCUCCCGGAUCUCCGAAGCCGUCUAUACCUUAUAAUGAGUAUUACGACGAGGCGUUGAUGAUUCCGGGCCACUUCUAUAUAGGGUAUCUGCCGUUCGACCAGCCCAUCAAUUCUUUCUCGCCUCUGGUCAAAAAAAUCAGCGACUCGCAGCUCGCCGAAUACAGACACAAAUUUUGUGGUUCUCAAGCAAAUUUGUCGCCGUCUGACUCGUUCGAGCUGGAUUUGCGGAUUGGGGUCGUUCAGACCGCUGCUCCGCACCCUGGCUCUGCGCAGCACGUGCUGCUCCAAAUCGACUUGGGCGACGGAGUGAAGCAGGCCGUGGCCGCUCUGGCGCAGCACUACUCUUUGAGCGAGCUGACCGGACAACGCGUGGCGGUCGUGUGCAAUAUGGAACCCAACGUGAUCAAGAAAGAGUGGGCCCAGGUGCUCGUUCUCACAAUGAUCAAAUCCGGCAGGCUCGCCCUAGUACAUCCCGAUCGCGACGCUCCCGCUGGGACCCGAAUUUAUCCGCAGGGCGGCCGAGCUGCUUCUGCAUACAAAAUGCAGACCGCGAAGCAAGUCAAAGGAAUGCCUUUCAAGUACCAAAAGGAUGGCAUCGUGUACAAGAAGGACGCGCUGGUAGGGUCUGAAAACAUGGACAAUCAGGUCUGUACCCCGCCGGUGAGGCUGGUGGUCUCUAAGAGCGGAGACUGGCAAGGUGGUCUUAUACAGUAAAGAAAAAAAAAAUAAAUAAAAAAAAUUUUCGAUUGGGCCCCUUA